AUGGGUCAUUCUGGAAAUCUACCUAAUGAUAUACUAUAUCAAAGACAGAACAAUUAUAAAAUGAAUGAAUCAUUACAAAGUACACCAAAACCUAAAUCAACAAUACAUCAUAAUCAUCUUCAUCAAAACCAAAAUCACCACAAUCAUCAACAUCAAUUUAAAUUUCAAGACCUAAAUAGCACAACAACAACAAUGAACAAUUACGACAAUGAAAUACUGCUGGCAACAUUAGUGUCAGAUCAUAACGAUAUAUCCACUACAAAAUUUGAUUCAAUUGAAAAUAAUAUAAAUGAAGCAAUUCAAGAAUUAAACUCCAUAUAUAAAACUAUAGGUUAUUCAUCUUCAGAAACUUCACAAAAGAAAUCAGAAAUAUUUAUCAUUAUACAAGAUACAAUAAAUAAUUUUGCAACCAAUUUACAACGUGAAAAGAAUAAUAUUGAUAAUGAAUGUGAAUGGUUAAGACAACAAAUUCAAAUUAUAUUAUCUAUGAUUAAUGAUAUUCGUGGUGAUAAAUGUUUAAAUCUAUUACAAAAGGGAAUGGUGUUUAAUAAUCAACAACAAUAUGAAGAUGGAUAUAAGGAGCAAAUAUUAUCAACUAUGUCGAAUCCAAAUUUUAAAUUAUCUAAUGAUAAAGAAUUAACAAUUGAACAACAAUACGAUUAUAUGGUCAGAAAUAUACCACAACCAACACUACUCGAGAAACGAUCAAAAUUGAACUACAUAUUCAUUGACGUACUUAAAAUAUUUGUUAAACUAUACAAACAAUUUAAUUCUUUAAAUCUAGAAUAUUCAUCAUUAGUUGAUUUUAUCGGAUUCUCAGAAUUUGACUCAGAGAUAAUAAAAGUCAUACCAUCAACUGAUGUAGCUGAACAACAUAAGGAAAUAAUAGAUGAAUUUCAAUCACUAAUGAAUGAAAUAAACACUUCGAAAAAAUUAGCAGAUGAUGAUAAUGUGUUUAUACUAGCGAGUCCUGUUAAAACUUCAUCAAGAGAUACACCAGAUAUUCCAAUGGAUGAUACAUUAGAACAAAACGAUAUUAAAAGAUUACGAGAAGUUAAUUACCAGAUUGUUAGAAUAAUAAGAAGUUUGAAAUUCACCAAAAUAACUACCGAUUUUAUACAGAAUAUAAAAAAUGAAAUCGAAAUUGGUAAAGAACUGUUAGAUAUUAGAAAGACGACAAUGUUUGAAGUUAUUGAAAAAUGUUUGGAGAGUAUUGAUUUUUUACAAUUAAGUAAUGAUCAAUUACAUGAUUUACAACAACACGACGUAUUAUAUAUAGAAGAUUUAAAAUUCAUAUUGGAAAAUCCAUAUAAGUUUGGAUUACAUGAUGAUAAAUUAGAAAAAUUGAUAAAGCUCCAACACUUGUUAGAAUCAAAAAUUAAUGAAAAAAGGGAAAAAUGGACUUCUUAUUCAGAAACUUGUAAAACAUUAUGGUCAAAAUUGGGAGAAAGCGAAGAAUAUAUUUCUGAUUUUUUGUCAAAAAACAACAACUUAUCUGAUUUAUCAUUACUCAAUUUCAAAAUGGAAUUAAAUAAACUAUACAUCAAGAGGUCGGAGUAUAUAGAGAAUUUCAUCUCUGACACUCGAUCAGAAAUUGAAAAGAAUUGGGAUAAAUUAUAUUACUCACUAGAUCAAAGACAAGAAUUUAAAUUUUAUAAUUAUAAUUAUGAGAAUGAUAUGGAUAUAGAUAAAGAAACAAUCUUAUCAGAACAUGAACAAUACUUGAAGCAACUAGAAGAUGAAUUCGUGGAAAAAUCCCCAAUCUUUGAAAUAUAUAACGAAUUAAACUCAUUAAUAGCCGAUCAAACAUUCUUAAUUGAAAGUUCAAAAGAUUCAUCAAGAUUAUUAAGUAAGAAUUCAUGUAAGAUUUUACUAAAUGAAGAAAAAAUUAGAAAGAAAAUAAAUAAAAGAAUGCCUCAAGUUUUCACUGCCCUUAAAAAUGAAAUUAAAUCAUACAAUAACCAAUCCUUAGCUCAAGGUAAAAAAAUAAUAAUGAUAAAUGGUAAAGAUUUUUUUGAAGACGUUUUAAACUUAGAAUCACAACAAUAUAAAUCAUCAAAUGUAAAAUUCAACAAAACGUCACCAACUAAAAAACCCGUAAGAAAAACAAACUCACCAGAAAGAAACUCAAGACCGUUUACUUCCUCAACCAAUUCCUCAAUCACCAAGUCAAAAGUCUUCAAAUCUCCAACAUCAAGAAGACUAACAUCUUCAUCAUCGUCAUCAUCAACAAUAACUUCAUCAACUUACAAAUCCAAUCAAAAAUGUUUCAACGCAUCAUCUUCAUCAACAUACUCAACUAAAUACAAUACAUUACCAAAUUUAACAAUGAAUUCAUCAACAUCAACAUUACUAAGUAGUUCCACCGUAUCAAAUCAUUCACAUAAUUCUUCACAAAAAUUUAAAAAUGUCGAAUUAAAACCAUUAUUAUCACCUUUAAAAGUAUCAACCAACAAUAUUAACACUACUAGACAAAAUUCACCAAUUAACAAAUCUCCAAACCAACGAACAAGUUAUAAAGAAAAUCCUGUUUUUAUGACGAAAAAAUACGACAUUCCAACUCAUAAUAUUUUAAAUGAAUCAAUAACUUCAAAUUCAUCAUCAUCAUCUACUACAAAUUUCAGUUCGAAUUUUAAGGUUAAUGCUAAUGAUACUACUUUCUCAACUAUGAUUGGGACUGAAGAUUACUUAAAUUGGAGAGAAGAAAAAAUUAAACAAUUAAAUAAUGAAAAUUAA